AUGGUCUUACCUGCUCCAUCACCGCGGCCACCUGAGUUCCGUGAAUUGCUUGCUCUGGAUCCUCGUGCAAACGCGGGGAACUACUGGAACGGCAAGUCUUGGGACAUCGAGGCCAUCAACAAAGACAUCCGAACUAGGGUGGGAGAUCCAAAGCCUGUGCGAGAUGGACGACGAGAUGGAACCUUUUCAGCCCUUCUUGCAGCUGUGCGUGCCAGUGGAGCUCCUCGCUCUCCUGAUAGGCGAAAACCCAGCAGCCCACGGCGGGGAGGAGCGCGCAGCUGGCAUGCUAAGCAACCAGAGCGGUCAAAAACUGGUAUUGGAUUGCACCCCAAAGGCAGUGAGCCAGCAUUGGGUUCAAAGGUUGUCCCUGAAAGGUUGCCAGAUGCAGACAAUGAAGGUAGACCAUACAAUUUGAAGCUGGUCGUCGUGAACUUCAACAAUGUUGGGACAAACUUUGGUCAUCUCUUUGACAAAGAAAGGGCCGGAGGAAAGUUUCAAUGGGAAGGUGUCCGCCGCUGUGUGAAGGAGUUAACAAAACGACACUUCAAGAUCAUUGGCGUAAUCUAUCAGAAUUGGAAAGGCUUCGAUGGCGACGAAUGGACUGAAGGUGUUCCUGAGGACAUUCGAAAUGUGUGCGAGUCUGUCCAAGAGACUCCUCGCAUAAGUGGCGAGAACCAAAAGGGCGCCGAUGAUGAGAUGACUAUCAAAUGUGCAUAUCAUCGAAACUGUUGCAUCCUGGAUAAUGACAACUACAAGGACUGGCUGCACUUGCUGCGCAAAGAAGAAGUCAGAGAGUGGUAUCAAUUCAGCCAAAAACGGGUGCACAUGAAGUACUUCUUUGACUCUCAAGUGGGAUUCUUUGAGACUUUGGACGGAAAUGCUAUGAGAGGAGCUUCGGAAGAGCGAGAGGGGAGCCAGAGAGACGGAACACGGCGACGAAAACGGAAUCGAAGCAGAGCAGUCGAAGCAGAAGAGGGAAGGAUUUUUGUACCUCAAACGCCGAAGGCUUUGCUGGGUUGCGUCACGCCACCUGAACUGGGCUCUACGCCUGUCGCAACUCCACAGUUUAUGGUUCCGACUGAGACAGGCUUCCGCCAGCAUAGAGGGCCUACAAUCACCAUUCCAUCUAUGUCCACACCGAGAAGCGCGGACAACCUCUUGGACUUGACGGCAGAAGAUCCAUCAUCAGACGCAAAGGGUGUGAACACCGUCACAGCCGGCUGGCCCGUCCUUUGCACAGCAGCCCAGCAGGGCAACAUGGAAUCUGUGCGACAGCUUCUGGAAGCGAAACCAAUCGGUGCAGAUCCAAAUAUUCCAAAUUGCUUGGGUGCGCAUCCUUUGUUCUAUGCACUUUGCCACUGGAGAAUCCGGAUGUUUCGCCUUUUGGUGAAACAUGGAGCAGACAUCGGCAGGGCGAGGAGCGAGAAGAAGGAGUCCCUGAAGGACUAUGCGGAAAGGAAAGUGAAGCAGGCAGCUCAACUGAAGCGCUUUGGGGCGGCGUACUUUGCGUCGCCUUCACGACUGGAGCUGUUGCAGGCAGUUGGUGCGCGAGGAGCAGCAAGAGCUGCUAGGAAAGCAGCUGCGGCGGCAGAGUCAUCCCGUGCCAAGCGCCGAAGAGUGAACGGCGGUGGAUCGAUAUCAGUGCCUUCUCGCAUGUCUGCAUGCCUGGAUCCAUAUGGAGGCAGUGGAUCCAUUGACCUAACCGCUGAUGGGGAUGCGGAGCAACUGCUGCAAGCUGGAACACUUCGAGCAGAGGCUGAUGAAGGUAUGGACGGAGUCGAGGGAGACAGCACCAAGGAAGCCAUCGAAGAAGGAGAUGCUCCCGAAAUGGAAGACAAUGAACUUGCAGCUCUGUUGGGUGAAGCUCUGCGUGAGGAUGAUGAGGAGCAUGUCGAUUCUGCAGCGGAUGCCUUUGGCCAAUACCCCGAGCAAGAUGGGAGCAAAGGGGUCGAAGAGCCUGAGCCACUCCCAACUGAGACUCCAACAUGA